AUUUAAAAACGAUUUAAUGAUGGCUGAUGGACCCAGCUCAUUCAGCAGAGAAACAAAGGCUCGGUUUUGGUUGCAUGUGUUGGGUUGUGUCUCCGGGAUCCAGACCGGUUGAACCAGUUUUUCCUCCCCGGGUUGGGGAGUCACCAAUCUGUGAGGUUGCGCCGUGUGAGGCCACCACUUUUCGGCUCGCUGCGCCACAAACUCGUCGAUAACAAAAAGAUAAAAAGCAAUUAAAAUCAGAAACAGGUGAGUGUUUCUGAAAAAUCCCGCGGCGUGGGGGAACCACGGCACAGAGAUUUCUGACCCUCUGAAGGCCUCCGAAACGGGCUGAAAAUCAACCGAAUCACCGGGGACGCUGUUGGCCCGCCUGGAAGGAGAAACAUCAGCCAGGAAGAUACCGAAUCCCGGCCAGUUUCCAGCCCGCUCGCCCAGUGGGUGUUUUAGCGUCUCGUUACGGUGGUAUAAGGAGGGAGGACCGUGAUUUGCUUCGCCCAACUGCCAUGAGAAAAGCCCGGAGCUCUGUGGAAGAAUGUGCCGCCGCCUCCUCCCGGUGCUAGCCCCUCCGCGGCUCCAUGGCCACCAGUAACAACAUGCUACUGGCCUCCGCUGUGGUAGUGUGGGAAUGGCUGAACGAGCACGGCCGGUGGCGGCCCUACAGCCCCGCCGUCUCCCACCAGAUCGAGGCGGCCAUCCGGAGCAGCGACCCCCGCGGAGGGAGCGUUGUCCUCGGCCAGGUCGACAGCAGGCUCUCGCCGUACAUCAUCGAUCUCCAGUCCAUGCACCAGUUCAGACAGGACACAGGAACCAUCCGUCCGGUACGGAGGACCUUUUACGACCCCGCCUCCGCCCCGGGUCAGGGCUGGCAGUGGGAGUGGGAGAAUGACACGGGCACGUGGACGCCGUAUGACAUGGAAGUGGCCAUCGCCAUCGAGAGCGCCCACAGCCACCAGCAGACCUGCCUGGACCUGACGCCGCUCGGGUUCUGCUACCUCAUCGACUUUAAGAACAUGACGCAGGUGAACAGACAGAGCCAGAGGUGCCGCAGGAUCCAGAGACGUGCCGACAUGGCCUACCCCCUGGUGUCCGGUCCGCUCCCGGUUUCCAAAGGAGGAGGAAUUGGAGGAGGGGGAGGCCUAACGGGAGCCUUGCUGGGCGUCGGGGUGUCCGGAGCCAGCAUGGGAGUUGGAAGCUCUGUCACCUCAAACGGAGGCUUGCCCGUUCUGGGACUGGGCCAGCCGUGUUCCUGCCAGCAGUGCAUGCUGGUUCUGAGCGUGAAGAUCAACGCAGGAGGAGGUGCAGCAGCGGUACAGACUUUGAGCAGACGUGCUUUAACCAUGCAGCGGCCCAAGAACUCUGCUGUCCCCAUGGCCAGACCUCUGAGUCCGUCUAAAUCCGCCACCCUGGGACGAGGCCUGCAGCAGAACUAUAGCUACUACCAGACGCUGCCGCACGGCCUCGCCAUCACCAAAAACACCGCCUCGCCCAGAAGAAACGCUCAGCUGUUCGCCCAGUCGCUGGCGGCCCUCACCGCUGGCACUUCCUCCAUGGGCAUCUCGGCAUCUUCCAACAGACCGCCUCCUCCAUCUCUGCCGCCUCCGCAGCCCCCCUCCUCCAACCAGAACCCGCCAUCCAUUCCGCCCAAGCUCUCCUCAUCCUCAGCCAACGAAUCCGUACCGACCGCCACAUUAAUCACCCCCGCCAGCAGCGUGACCACGCCUCCCUCCCCUGUGCCGUCUCCGUCGCCCGUGGUGAUGAAGCCGCAGCGUACGCUGUCGACAGUAACAAUGGCGUGCCACGCCCCCUUACCACAGCGGUCCAGCUUGGCCGGACUGAGCAGGCCGGCGCUGCAGAGGAUCGCUAUGGCUCAGUCCAGGUCGCUCAUAGCAUCAGGCGUUCCCACCGUCCCGGUGAAAAACCUGAACGGAUCCAGUCCAGUCCACCCCGCGCUGGCAGGCAUCACAGGGAUCCUGAUGAGUGCUGCGGCGCUGCCCGUGUGCCUGACCCGACCUCCGAAGCUGGUGCUGCACCCUCCACCCGUCAGCAAGAGUGACAUCAAACCGGUGCCGAGCUUCAACCACUGCUGCAGGAAGACCACCAAGAAGCAGGUCCGCAAAGGCAAAACCCCAGAGGAGGUGGUGAAGAAGUACCUGCAGAAAGUAAAAAGUCCUCCAGAGGAGGACUGUACCAUCUGCAUGGAGCCACUGGGGGGACCAUCCGGAUACAAAGGUCCGGGCGUGGGUCCGGUUUCCAAGGCGGAGUCAGUGGGACGGCUAGCCCAGUGUGGACACCAGUACCACUUCCAGUGUCUGGUGGCGAUGUAUAACAACGGCAACAAGGACGGCAGCCUUCAGUGUCCCACCUGUAAAACCAUCUACGGCGUGAAGACAGGCAACCAGCCAGCUGGGAAGAUGGAGUACCACGUCAUCCCUCACUCCCUGCCAGGUCAUCCCGACUGCAAAACCAUCCGCAUCAUCUACAACAUACCGCCAGGGAUUCAGGGACCAGAGCAUCCGAACCCAGGGAAGCCCUUCACUGCCAGAGGCUUUCCACGACACUGCUACCUCCCAGACAGCGAGAAAGGACGCAAGGUACUGAGACUGCUUCUGGUGGCGUGGGACCGCCGGCUCAUCUUCUCCGUCGGUACUUCAAGCACUACAGGAGAAUCCGACACCGUCAUCUGGAAUGAGGUCCACCAUAAGACGGAGUUUGGCUCCAACCUGACGGGCCACGGCUUCCCCGACCCGGGACACCUCGAUAACGUCUUAGAAGAGCUCCGUGCUCAGGGCAUCACAGAGGAAGAUGCAGUGGUAGAAAAGUGAAAGACCUGAAGGAGGAGAAGAAGAGAAGAUAUCAGUGAGGAAGGAGAGUGGGCCCGACAGGAAAAUAACAGGAGGACCUGGACUGAGGAAGACUCUCUGCCAGCACUUAGAGUUCAGGAGAGGAACAAUGACCUUGUUCUUCAGAGACGAUAACUGUCAAUGCUGGGUCAGCUUUUCAAUGCAAGUUUCUCCAAAUGUCCGUUUCUUUUUAAAACCAGCGCAUUAAACGAAGAGGGGAUGGGGUGGGGGAUCUGAUGGAGGAAGAAGAGGAGGAAGAAGCUAAAAAUGGCUCAUUGGUUUAGGUACUAAAUAAGAAGAGUGAGAAUGAAUGAUACUAACAUCUAGGACAGAAACAAGUUAACUUUACUCAAUGAAAGACUAAAAAAAGAUGGUAAAAAGCAGCAAAACCUGGGAGGAAAUAGAUGGGAAGAAGUUGGACAGAUGGAGGAGAAGAAGAGUUGGAAAGUUUUUGUGGGAGGAGUAAAGAUGGUGUAUGAAUGUAGUUUAGGAUAGCAGUAGAGUAAAAUAACUUGUGGUACUUUCAGGUACUUGAGGGCCCAACAGACAGGCUGGCUUUGUUCAUGUCACCCGUUUAAGCUGUGAUGAUAGAGCGCCCCCCUGUGGGCUUUCUGAGGCACCGCAGCUCUUCCUGGGAGCUGCUGUAGCAAACCAGUUAUCAUCGUUCCUCUCAUCCUCAUUUAGCAUCCGUCAUUCUUCACAUCUUCACCUUGAGUUAAAGGCUCCUGCUGGAGCUCAGUGUUUCUGAUUGUUGUGUGAAGAUCCAGAAGACCGAACUGCAGCUUCUGGGUCUUAUUAUUGAGCCACUGCUAGAAAUGAACCUUAGAUACACAGGUACUUUAUUUUUAUUGUUCUUUAGUUAUACCAGUCGGUGUAGAUGCGGUUGUUUUGUCCAGGCUGUCACUGAAUGCUUCAUUUAACCAGACUUGACGGUGCAUUCACAGCCAGAAAACCCUCAGGCGGAGCAGAGUGUUCUGGUUGGAGGAGACAUGCUGCAGAGGUUCUGGUGCAAAAUCCAGAUCCAAAUGGUUCUUUUAGCAACACUUAUCCAGUCAGUGUGAAACUCAGCUGCAUUUAAUGAAUGCUGGGAUGUCAGAACUUCAACUCCUGUCAUGUUUGACCUUUUACUACAGAUACACUAUAUGGCCAGAAGUAUUGGGUCAGCACCAAAAUCAAGGAAUUCUGGUGUUCCAACCAUGAAUUCAGAGUUUUCUAAAAACGCCCCAUGAACCUUCUUUUCUCCUUUAUAUUUUGAUAUAAAUGAUGACCUUAUUAAGCAACUGAACAAGUGUAAAUCCUUUAGUGAAUACUUAUCUGAUACUUACUGAGGGAGAAAUAUUUACCUGUUUAGGAGAGUUUGGUGUUUUUUUUUAAUCUCAGGUUAAAUUCAUAAAGAUCAAAAAUGACAUGAAACAGAUUCUGACUUCCUCGUCUGAGGUCCAACAUAUGCAGUUACAGUCUUUAUCCUGGAGUCUACGGCUUCUGAUUGGCUGCCAUAUUUUGAGCUCGAUCAAUGAGAACACUUGUAGAAGAAGAGAUAGAUGCACUUUUUUACAGCUGAACAGGCAAAGUCCAUCUACUCGUGGUUCUGUUACUGACCCGCAUCAGUGUGGUACAGAAGUAUCUCAGAUCAGGCUGUAUUUGGGUACUUAUCAUCUUUUAUCUGAUGCUGACUGUCCUAAUGAUGGUACUCCCUCCACUAUAACAUCUUUAUUAUGUUUUUCAUCACCUGUAGCUACAUGUUUGCUUUUAUUAGCAUUUAUUGACACUAUUAUAGCAUAAAUUGCCUUUUUUAUUUUGUACAUUUAUGUUGCAUUAAUUAAGCCUGAUUUUCACCUUAUGUUUACAAAGACAGUAUUACUGAAUACAGCGUCUUUUGUUGUGUACAGAAAUGAAGCUGAUUUGCAUCUUUUCUUUGGAAAAGGAAUUUCAUGGUAGACUUUUAUCUGACUGACUUGUAAUCCAUUUUUCUAACUGACAUCAGAGCUCUGUGUCCAUGCUGUUCUGUGAGGUAAAGGAUGAUUAGUGUCUGCAUAUCACCUGUCCUGAUGCUGGACGCACCUGUGAACAGGGACCUGUUGGGUUUUAAUGAUCAGUUACAUUUUUCAAAACAUGUUCAGAAUCAGCUUCAUGUAUCAUCGCUGUUUUCUUGCUCUUCGGCUCAGACGCUGCACGCCGACCUGGAAAUCACCGCAUUGUAAGAGUUUCUUUCACUGCGGCUCGUUCCAGUUGCAGGUGAGGUCCGCAUGCAGCGUCUGGGGCCAGGUGUGAUUGAUGAUGUCAUUUGUGAUUCAUGAUGUCAUUUAAAGCCACGGUCGUGUCUCAUCCCCACUGAAGUAAGUCUGAAUCAUUGGCAUCCUGAGGCGGAAGGAAAGACGUGACACAUGGGUGCUGGUUUGAAAGUAUUGAAACAUGAUUAAACAAAAGUGUAAAUAUGGCAAACAAUAAUUGCUGGAGUGUGAAUGAUUAAUAUGGAAAAGAAAUAAAGAACGAAUGAAAUUUAAA